CACGCCACUGAGCGGUGUGUGUCGCGUGCUGUGGCGACCGACGGCAUACUAUAGUGUGUGUGAGAGAUCGGCAUCAUGGGUGUGGAGGGUAAAGACGAGAGUAAACUGGAACAAGGCCUUCACACAAAAGAUGCAGGCCAUCUUCGCAGAGACCGUCGUCACCAGACAUCCUUCUCUGACCUCAGACCGUGUCACCGGUGUGGAGUGCGGGUCUCACACUUUCAGCGGCUCUUGGUGACGUUGGUCGGAGCGGACUGGGUCUUCGUCGUGAUCCUGGGCUUCAUCAUGGCAGUGAUCAGCUUCGUCAUGGAUAUCUUCGUCACACUCUUCACGGACGCGCACAGGUGGAUCUACAAUGUUUCGGACAGUCAUGUUUUCCUCCAGUAUUUCGCGUGGGUCGCUUAUUCUAUGAUCCUCAUGUGUUUCGCGGCAGGAUUCGUGAGCAUAGUAUCGCCUCAGGCUGCUGGGUCAGGUAUUCCUGAGAUGAAGACGACUCUGAGAGGAGUUGUACUGUCGGAGUAUCUGACCUUCAGAACACUGGUGUCCAAAGUCAUCAGUCUGAUCUUUGUGCUUGGAAGUGAAUUACCAGUAGGCAAAGAGGGUCCGUUCGUGCACAUCGGCAGUAUGUGUGCUAUUCUUCUCUGCAAGUUCAUGUCGCUCUUCAGUGGCAUUUAUAAGAACGAGGCCAGAAACAAGGAGAUGCUGACGGUCGGAUGUGCUGUUGGAAUUGGGUGCUGCUUCGCUUCUCCUAUUGGAGGAGUGUUGUUCAGCAUGGAGAUCACCUCAAGGUUUUUUGUCGCCCCAAACUACUGGCGUGGAUUUCUGUCCGCUGUGUUCGGUUCCUUGAUCUUCAGGUUACUGCCCGUGUGGCACGGAGAGGAAGAGACGCUGACGGCUCUAUACGCCACCAAGUACAGGCUGGACCAUCCGUUCGACCUGCAGGAGCUGCCGGCCUUCGCUGCCAUGGGGAUAGUGUGUGGCUUCGGCGGAGCCUUCUUCGUGUUUCUGUACGGAAAGAUCUCUCUGUUUGUGAAGAAGCAGAAAGCCAUGAACAGCUUCCUCAUGAAGAAUGUUUUCUUGUAUUCUGCUUUGGUCUCUGUACUGAUCUCAACGCUCACUUUCCCUCCGGGCUUUGGGCAGUUCAUGGCUGGAAAGCUUACACAAAGGGAAUCCUUAAUUUCAUUUUUUGACAAUCGCACCUGGUCAAAUAAUUGCAUCAUGGCAGACUUCGAUCAUGACGAUCACUUAGCGGCCUGGAAGCAUCCUCAGGCGAACGUCUUCAUCAUCCUCACCAUCUUCGUCUUAAUGAAGUUCUGGAUGUCUGCGCUUUCCAUAACCCUUCCUAUACCGUGUGGUUCCUUCGUGCCCAUAUUCGUCAUUGGUGCUGGGUUUGGCCGUUUGGUGGGUGAAGGAAUGGCCACUUUGUUCCCAGAGGGAAUUAACACAGAUGGACACAUAUAUCACAUCGUGCCCGGAGCGUACGCUGUCGUGGGAGCGGCAGCGCUGACGGCAGGAGUCACACACACGCUGUCGACGGGCGUGAUCAUGAUGGAGUUGACGGGUCAGAUUGGCCACACUCUGCCCAUCUUGAUCUCGGUGAUUCUGGCCAACAUGGUCUCUCAGAGUCUCCAGCCGUCCAUUUACGACACGGUGAUCCGCAUUAAGAAGCUGCCGUACCUGCCCCUGCUCCGAUGGGGACGCCGCGAGAAGUGUAAUAUUCAUGUGGAAGACUUUAUGGAAAGAGAUGUUCGUUAUGUCUCACUGAACUCCACCUACAGAGAUAUUAACAGGAUCCUGCGCUCAGUAAAUCUGAAAAUGCUGCCUGUGGUGAAGUCUGAAGAGUCGAUGCUCUUGCUGGGUUCUGUCGAGCGCGCUCAGUUGCUGGCGCUCCUAAAGCAGCGAGUGCAGGACCAGCGUGGAGGACUUGCUCCCAGCUUGCCUUGCAGCUACAGGGUUCACUUCCAGACGUCCACAGAAGAGUCUCCAUCCACCUCGGCUCAUGCAGACUCCUCUAAACCUCUGAAGCCUGUCCUGAAGAAGUCGGCUGUAGAUGAAGAAGAGAUUACGAAUCCGUAUGAUUCUGGCAUGAGUUUGAAGAAGCUGUGCUGUUCUCGGCCUGACAUUGAUGCACUGCAGGACUACCCAGAGGCAGAAGAUGAUGCAAUACUUCAGGAGAUUGAGGAGUGGGAGGAGCCACAGCUUGACGAACAGGUGAACUUCAACAACUGCAAGAUUGACCCCGCCCCCUUCCAGCUGGUGGAAGGCACUUCACUGCACAAGACUCACACUAUGUUUUCUGUGUUGAAUCUGGACUACGCUUAUGUCACCAGUAUCGGGCGACUGAUUGGUGUUGUUUCACUGAAAGAGCUGCGUAAAGCCAUCGAAAGCUAUCUUCCAGCGGACGGCGUGCGGUUACGACCCAUUCUGGCCAGUUUCAGAGACCGAGGCUUCAGAGGAGCCCCGAUCGAAACCGCUGAGCUCCACAAACUACUGGACCAUCAGGCCAGCUAGAACACCAGAACACAUGAGAACGAGGUUUUCAUCUUUCUGCCCUCGUUUCCUGCACUAUUACAUUCCCAGAGACGUCCUCAGUGGUGGAAACCCACGUAAAUACUGUUUUUAUUUGAGUCUGUAUUAUUUAUAAUUAGCAAUAGAAGUCAAUGGAAACAUGUUUGUUGCAGCAACACUUUUUCUGAUGUUCCGUCUUUUCUUUGAAUAUUAUUGGUCCCUCUCUCUAUAAAGACCAGUUUGGUUUAAAAAUGUUUGUGGGAGAUUUGAUCGUCAUUUGAAGCCAAACCACUUUCGAGGUGAAAGUGCAUUUAAUUAGAACACGACAGAAAAAUAAUUAAAUAAAAAUAAAGUCCAAUAAUAACAACAAUGUUGGGGGGGAAAUUGUACUUUUUAUUGAAACCCUUUUUCAUUUUAUCUUAUACUUUUUUUGUUUUCACUAAUAUACAGCUUGUGUGUUUUCACUAUCAUCAUGACGUCCUUUCUUUCGAGGUUUAUUGGUGCUAAAUGUGUUUGUUGAAUGUAUAAUUGUUUGUUUUUUAAUUACGACAUUUUUAACAGACUCAACCCUUAAUCCAUUUGUGAGAUUUGUAUCUAAAGCAAACUUUUAAAGAGACCAUGACAUAAGAAAUCAAAUUUGCCUUGGUUUUAUGACAAAUAAGAGGUGUUCAUACUAUUAAAACGUUCAGAGCUUAAAACGUCAUCAUUGUUAUAAACAAAGCUUUAAUUGAAUCAAGUUCCAAAAACGGCUCGUUUUGAAAUAAGCAGCGACUGCCAUUGAGUCUGACAGAGGCUGAUCCACAAGCCAUCAGAAUUAAUGCUUUGUCUGUAAAUAACGGUUUUAUAUGAAUAAUGUUUUCAAUGCGAGUUUCCUGUGCAGUGAUGUUUGCCAAAAAUAAGUGUCCGUCCGUUUACUGACGAGCCUUAAAGGAGCCGCACCUUUAAAACGGUCAUUUCAGACAAAGACUCAGAAAUAGGGUUUUAAAAAAAUUUUUUUGUGUGUAAAAAACUUCAUUAACAUAAGUGAACCUCAAAGAUCAUGUAAAAAAAUGAAAAUCCAUGUCAUAACCUCUUUAAAACUUUACAAAGGUUGUUAAUUUACUCUUACAUUUUAACUUGUUACUCACCAUGAAAAUAUCCAAGAUUCAAACACCAACCAACCGAGCAACUAUUUAAUUAGGUCUACAUGUUAAGUGGUGAAAGGAUGCAUGUCCACACCUUUACCCGUCUGGUUCAGCAUUACUGUGUGUAAGUGCAGAAACACACUCUACGCUUGUGUAUUAUGUUUUGUGUGUUUCAGGCCAACGGAUGCAUGAAACCAAAAGUGAAUAAAACGAUCUGAGAAAAUAAACUCUGA